AUGGUCCUCAGAAUAGGUUAUGUUCGCGAGCACUUCUCCUCCCCGCUUCUGCAGUUCGCGGCGGACGACGCUGGCGAGACCUUCACUCUCGUUGAGUGUCCUAGCGGCACUGGCCAACUUAUCUCUCGGCUGACCAACGACGAGAUCGAUGUCGCGAUUGCCCUCACGGACCCUCUCAUCUCCGGCAUCGCCAAGGGUUCUGAGGCUUACAAGCUCGUUGGCAGCUACGUCAGCACCCCACUGAACUGGGCCGUUAUUACUGGGAAGAACACCAAGUACGAGCGCAUCGAAGAUCUUAAUGGCACGACCAUCGGUAUCUCAAGGCUUGGAAGUGGGAGUCAAACUAUGGCCUACGUAAUGGCCUUGCAACAAGGGUGGCCUACCGACAAUCUCCUGUUCAAAGUUAACAACGACAUUCGGGGUCUCAUCGACUCGGUCAAUGACGGCUCGACUAGUGCCUUCAUGUGGGAAUGGUUCACAACCAAGCCUUACCAGGAUGCAGGCGAAGUUCGCUUCAUUGGCUCUGUGCCCACCCCUUGGCCGUCCUGGAUGAUCGCAGCACAUCCGACCCGUGCACCUGCUCAGGCUCUCAGCACCUUCCUACAGCAGCUUUCUGGCUACGUUCGCGUAUUCGAUUCGAAAGAGAAGCGCGAGAAGGACGAUGUCGAGUUCAUCAGGGAGAAGUUCGGAUAUCGUGAGGAAGACAUCAAGGCAUGGCUUGCAACUGUCGGCUAUCCUCCAGACUGCGCCACGAUUGACACUAAAGUCAUUGAAGAUACUCUCACUGUGCUUGAGAAGGCCGGAUUCAUCAAGAGUCCUGGGGAUGGUUUCAAGGUGGAACAAUUCGUGAAUCCUGACGUAGCGAGGCUCGUAUAGAAACAGAGGAUAAUGAUUAAAUUAGAAGAAAACGUAUGUGUACAACUCGUGAAAGGGCACUAAAUAUAAAAUCGUUCAGCAUAAGGAAGUAACUACUUCGUCGUAACCUUUCUCGUCAGCAGUCUCAUCCGCUCCGCAUUCCUCUUCCGGCGGUCGAUAUCGACGUCGACACUCUUGUUGUCCUUCAUGAUGCCGGCGCUCAUCGACGGCGCAACCGUAUAACUGCCCAGCUCCCUCGUCGGGAUCGAAACAGCAUUCUUGCGCACCUUGUUCUUGUCGCUUUCCCGUGCACGCGCCAGGAUGGUGUUGAGCCGCUCGCCCGGACGUGUGCCGGCCUCGCCACGGACGUCAAUAGUCUCGAUGGUACGGUCGCGGUACGAUGCACUGCGUUUGAUAAUAGGCCGCGACCACUGCGAGACGAGGUCGUUUGCGAUGCGCUGGAUGUCGGGCGUGACCUUCUUGCACUUGGUGUAGAACACGAUGACACGGCCGAGCUUCGACUCUUUGAGGACAUCCUUGUCGAUAUACUCCAUCUUCUUCAGAAUUGGGAAGAACUCUUUUUGAAUGUCGAGAGCAGGGAGCGAGUGGUCGGGUAGUGGUUCGAGCCACCGCCGGACGCCUUCGAGCAAAUUGUUGUCCACGAUGGACUGGGCUAAGGCGGCCCUACAGAGUGGUCAGCGCAAGAUUGAUUUACUACUGAGGGGACCACGCACUUUCGCAACGUCUCGACAACCUGUGGCAGCAACCGAAGCUUCGAUGUCGCAGGCAGCUUCUCCUUGUUGGCCUCUUCGUCACGUAUCGCAACUAUCAACAUAUCCUCCCGAAGCCUGGACACCACCUCGUCAGCCGCACGAUCGAGAAUAUCAUCCUCGUUUUUGUGCUUUCGGGGCCGCGAUGCCUUCUUUGGCUUCAGGAUGGCAUCAAUCCGCAUGGCCAUCUGCGCUCUCCUUGCUGUCCGCAUCUCAGUAUCCGCACCAGCAACACGGCAUGUAAGCAACGCACCUUCCUCGGGGGGCAGCUGGCUCAAGUCAAUCUCUUCGGGCUGGACCCGCCUCUUCCGCUUGCGUUGCGCAGGACGCCCCUCUGCGUCACCGUCCUCGCCCUUGCGCCGCCGCGUCCGCUUCUGCUUCUGCUUUUGUUCAUGCUUCUCCCUCUGGGCUUCCUCACCGUCCUCGCCGGAAGAUUCAGCGGUCUCGCCGUGAGGUGACUGCCUGGAGCGGACAGCUGACGGGGCUGAGGAGGCGCUGUUCGGUC